GGUAGUUGAUUCCGAAACGCACUCAAUACCUUGUGGUCCUCUGCUGGUGCAUUGGAAACUAACCUGUGGCCCAAUGUUGGUCGCGAUAACAUUCUUCAAACUGCUUGACAUAAGAACUCUGAGAAUCAUAAGCUUAUUUCCAAGAAGUGCAAUAAAAGUGUAAAAAACAACAAAGUUUUGUACAUAGCAGAAAAAACUGUACAGUUUGAAAUGCUCAAAUGAAAAAAAAAAACAAAAAAAAACCUUGAACCUAGAACCUGCCAGCAAAAAAAAACAGUCAGUACAUCGUUUGUCGGAAAAUCAUCAUAACCUCUCAUUUUGACGGCUUGCAAGAUGACAACGGUUGUUGUUCAGGGUCUUCCUUUGUGUCAUCUGUCCCCUCGUCACUCGUUUCACGAAGAUGACAAUGAAAGUGUUAUCGAUGAUGAUCGCUGUUGUGGAAAGGAUCUUGCAAUAUUGGAGACUCUCUUCAGCCCUCAUUGCACGAAUGGAUCGUUAAAAUGUGUGUAUUUGUGGUCUCGCGAUGGAAAAUUUCGUUUUUGUGGCAAGAAUCUCAAGAAUUUUGCACAAAUGAUUUUUGAUGACGCUGAUGAUGCACGAAGAGCCUGUGAUGAGUCAGAGACACAACAGAGAGAUUGUUAUGGAGAUAAAAGGCGACGAUUACGUUCUAACUGCAACUUUGAUGUCAGACCAAUCCUCACACACGAGUAAACUGCCUGAUGACUGUCUGCGCCUUAUAUUUUUGCAGCUCAAUACAAAUGACAUCUUCCGAGCCGAAGAGGUUUGCAAGCGAUGGGCGAGUGUUGCUGUGUCAUCUAUGAGGUCGCUGGAUUCUUGGAUACAUUGCAAUGAUGAGAGACACGCGGAAUACCUGAUUGACAAGUACGGCAAACAUCUCAAGGCAUUACAAUGGAUUACUGCAUCAUCAGCUUUGAUUCCUGUCACACGUGGACCGUGUGAGAAUUUGCAAAAAUUGUCCUUGGCAGUUUGUCUUGAAGAUUCCAAUGUAAUUCAAAAUAAUGUCUCUGCAUUGUUUGCUAAACUGGUCAAUCUAAAAUCGCUGACAUGCGUGGGAUAUACCUCACAACCACCACUUGCGUGUAUCGAUAGUCCGCCGGAAACCUUGAGAGAACUGUGCAUUGAGACAAAUCACGCAUUUUCCCAUCAUUUCAAUGUUGAUUUCUCAAAACUUGUGGACCUGGAUCAUUUGACAUUGAACGUUAGUCCUCGCUUGGGUAACAUCGUUGGAAUAAGAAAUCUUCAAAAUUUAGUUCAUCUGGAUCUGAGAGCAUGUGCCGUAGAUUCCGCUGAUUACAUUCAGGACAUUCAGUAUUUGAGAAAACUCAAGACACUCAAAAUUGAUUUGUUCGGCAUGAAUGAUGAACGGUCUAUUGUUGUUGAUUGUGCUGUUUCAAAAAUGUUGGAGAACAAUCCCAAUCUGGAGACUCUAUGUUUACACGGUUCAAGGAAACUGACAGACAGAGCAAUACAAUUACUACCCACACUGCGAAAUCUGAAAUCCGUAAGCUUCACAAAAAUGAGAUUAAUCACUCUCAAAUUUCUCGGUGAAGCUCAAAACUUGGAGACAUUAAAUUGCGCACUCUGCAAGAGAGUAACGAAUGAGAGCCUUGGAAUGGUUGUCAAAUCGUUAUCAAAAUUGCACUACAUUCAUGCCAUGAAUUGUGGCAUAACUGCUGCAUUUUUUGCAAUUGCUAAUGAAGCAGUGAAGUGCAGAGAGAAUGGAAUUGGCUUGAAAGUGAAAACUAGCGUGCGCAAGAAGAAACUUGACAGGACGGGGUUUUCGCCUGUUUUGAAGAUACAAACUUGGACGCUCAAUGAUAUUAAUUACAGUGACGUGAAUGGUAACGACAGUGAAUACGAGACUGAUGGGGAACAUGAAUGUGAUGAUCGUGGAAGUGACAACGAAGAUGAUGGAUCUGAUCAUGACAGUGAUGGUCAUGAUAGCGACGCUGAUGAGGAGGAUUUUGAUCGUGAUGACAGCAGCGGUGAUGAUGAUUCUUAAGAUUUCGAUCGGAAUCAUGAUUUUUUGAAUUUUCUCGACUUUUUCAAUUGUUCAGCAAGAUUCCUGAAUGUUUUCAGGCUGGACCCAUUUUCAGUCUUCGACUGCCAACCGAGAUGAUAACCGAAUCGCAUCUACCUGCACUGUUGACAGAUGUCAGAGCGAAAUCUCCUCUGCAUUUUCGAGCACAGAAUUUCGUCCUCUAAAAUUCUGUUUCUGUCGACAAGUGAAACAAGAAGUCGUUCAGAAUUUUUGGCAUCGCUUCUUCUUUCUUGCGCUGAGGCCAUUUUAUCGUCUAUUUUAUCGUUCCAACGGAUUUUUGAUUCUUAUUGACAUGUGUAUUAUGUAAUAGCCAAUAAAUUUUAAUUCAUUAACCUUAAUAUUUGAAAAUAAAAAAUAAAACUUUAACUUUAUUUGAGA